GCCUGCGUGGUCGGAGGGCGCCCGGGAGCCGGUUCCGCUGCCACGCCAGUUUCGACCCGGCGCGGCCAAGGCGGGCACCGGGGGCUUCUCCUGCGGAAGUCUCGCCACGGGAUCCGCCGCUCGCUUUCAGCAUGACCGCGGAGGGGGUCGGGGCGGCCGGCCGGGACGGCGGGAGCCCCGCGGAGCUCUUUUGCUACGACCCGGAGGAGCUGGUGCUGCGCGGGGUGGAGUGGCCGAGAAGCGGCGCGGGGGCGCCCAGGAGCCCCGCCUGGUCGCGCUUCGACAGGGCGCUGCGGGAAGGCUGGGACGACCGGCGGGGGCUGUUCCGCUACCGUCUGGGCGAGCUGCAGACGCGGGUCCUUCCGGGCAGGUUGGGCCUCGUGGCCCAGCUCAACGUCCAGCGGGCGACCGAGAGAAGGCGGCCCCAGGAGGCCCGCAGCGUCCGGCAGAGAUUCGAUCCCCGGCAAUUCAACUUCGGCCAGAUCCGCCGGGAGGAGGUCCUCUUCUGCCUGUGCCGGGGCUGCCCCACCCUGACCAGCUCGCCCCGGGCCCUGGUGGCGAUCAACGUCAGCCCGCUGGAGCAAGGACACGUGCUUCUCAUCCCGGACCCUGCGCUGGCCCUGCCGCAGAUCCUCACCCCGGAGGCCCUGCUUGUAGGGCUGGACGCUGUGCUGCUCAGCACCCACCCCGGCUUCCGCCUGGGCUUCAACAGCCUGGGGGCUUUCGCCUCUGUCAACCACCUGCACCUGCACUGCUUUUACCUGGACUGGGAGCUCUCGGUGGAAUCCGCCCCUUGCGAAGCCCUCCUGCCCGAAGCGGGCCUCUACCUGCUGCGGGAGGCCCCGGCACCCGCCUUCCUCUUCUACUGCGACCAUGGGCGGCAGCUGGAGCCGCUGGCUCAUCGGAUCUGCCGGGUCACCUGCCAUCUGUCCCAGCGGGAGAUUGCCCACAACUUGUUUGCCACGCGGGGGGCUACCCCUGAGGGCCCCCUGGGCUCCAGAGCAAGACCUGGGGUCCGGGUCAUUCUUUGGGUGCGGAAAGCCUGCUUUGGUACCAAAGAAGAAUUCGCCUUCAAUGUGGCAGUUUGUGAAUUGGCAGGACAUCUGCCCACUAAAACUGUCCAGGAAUACGAAGGCCUCACUGAGGCCUCAGUGCUUCACAGAAUUCAGCAAUAUCUCCUCCCAGACAGCCAGUUAGCCCAGCUUCAGGAUGAGCUUGUGGACCUCGUCAGAGAGUAGCCUCCAUGCCUCCCUGACAUGAGGGCUGGGACCAGGC